GCAGGGAGCCUGCAGACACUGCGCAAUCAUGUCAAUUUUUUUUCAAGCAUCUUUUAUGUAUUUGCGACCCUGUGAGACACGAAACAAGGGGCGCUUGUAGUAAAACGCCGGUGAAGGCAAUGCCUUUUCUAUUGUAAAUGCAAACUACAGAUUGAAUUUGAUUAUUAUACAAGGAAAUACUCCUAUUUGGCUAAUUUUAAGUUUCUUUUCUUUCUUUCUUUUUAAAUAUUUUUGUUAUGUAGUGGAAGUUGCACAUUCAUCACAUUUUGUAAUGAAGUGAUGCCAGAGGUAUAUUUAUAGCUCGGCGCAUCAAUGCACACUACUUCAGCAUAGACUUUAUUUCGUAAAUCGGCCUGGCAUUGUAUGCAAGGAGCUGGGCAUGAACAGAUUUGCAUCAAGGUGUCUCGAGCUCAACCGGCCAGCUUGAAGAAUUCCUUCAGAGACUUUAAACUAAAACAUUGAAAUUACAACAAUGGAGAGACUUGUGCCGGUUAUUUUCGUCUUGGGUUCUUUUUUGUUUCUUCUGGGUGCCUCUGAAAAGGCCACCAGGGGAUUGUUUACCACUAGUCCGGUCAGCACACAAUGGAUGUCUCCCCAACUUGAGCCCCUGGACUCUUCAGAGCAGGCCGAGCUUGUACCUCCUGAGUCGGCUGGCCCUGGCAUUCCUGAUUUCCUUACUGCCUCCCAGGAGUCGGGCUUCUCCAGCGACGAGAACGAGAAGCUCAAGGGGAUACAGUUUGACUACUUCUCAGAUGAUCUGAAUGACACCAUCUUGGUUACAGGGUCUCCAGAAGUAGGUUACAAGCCUGCUCCUUUACAACCGUCAUCUUCACCAGAUAGGACAGCAAGUGAUGGGGAUUCCAUUCUCUCUCUCUCCUCAUCUGAGCCCCUCAAACCAAGUCUGACCAACACCCCCAUCCCAGAGCUGUGGGAAGAGCAAGGAGAAACGGCUUCAAACCAGUCGGAACCUGUGCAUUCCAGUUUGCCCAUGGCACAAAGCUCUUCCCCCAAGUCGACUGAUCAAAGAGACACACACGUGGUUGCAGUGACGGAGGAAGACUGGCACGCCACAUUGCUUGCUGAAAUGACAACAUUCCCAGAUGCUGAAGGCUCAGGUUAUGGACCUUUCAAAGAGCCGGGUUUGUUGUCUUUAUCGACAGCUAAGGCGGAUAAAAACACCUCUCCCGAAAGACCUUCCAUGGAUUAUUCAACAGUCAUUGGAAGUGACAUACUGCUAGACACAGUUCCCAUGGUAACCACAGUGCACAGGAGAACUGACAGUGAGACCCCUGAAAGUGGUCCUAGCACCACAGCUAUUCUCUCUGCUUCUUCCACUCUAAUUCCCUGGAAUGAACCAGAGGGUUUGACGGAAAGCACAGAGCCAUAUUUCAGACAGGAAGUCACCACAGAGACUGGCAGUGUGAAAACAGAAUCGCCUCAGGGGUCUCCACAGGUUAUUUGCACCGAUUGGAGUGAUCUAACUGGGAAAGGUUAUGUUAUUCUCAGCAUGUCUGAAAAUAGUGACUGCGAGCUCUUCCAAAUGGAGAAAGGGGACAGGCUCCUGGCCAUGCUGGAAAAGGCUUUCUCCAGGAAGAUGGACAACCCCCAGGGAACCUGGUUCAUUUCUCUAAGCAAGCCGAACAGACAGGACAAGCAGUUGCUGAUGACAGUGGCUGGUGAACAAGGGGUGAUACCCACAAAAGACGUACUCUCCAUGCUUGGAGAAAUCAGGAAAAGCUUAUAUGACAUUGGAAUCCAGAACUACACCAGCGCUACCAGUUGCCAGUCUCGUCCCACUCAGUCUCGCAGUGACUAUGGGAAGCUCUUUGUUGUGCUCGUCAUUAUCGGAUCCAUCUGUGUGGUCAUCAUAGUUUCCGGCAUCAUCUAUAUCUGUUGGCAAAGACGUCUCCCAAAACUGAAGAACAUGUCACACGGUGAGGAACUUCAUUUUGUGGAGAAUGGUUGCCACGACAACCCGACACUGGACGUCACCAUCGACAGCCAAUCAGAGAUGCAAGAGAAGAAGUCCAAUGUGAAUGGGGUUGCCAUGGACGGGGUGGACAACUGGCACAUCUCAAUUAACAAGACAGCAAAAGAGCAAGGGGACAAUUAUGAAGAAGACACACAUCUUUAACAGAAAAAGAACAACAAAAUAAACCAAACAGACUUAAUGUGGCAAAAUGUUUCCGGUGACUUGUGCCAUUUUGAGAAAUGCCUGCUAAUUCAGCUGUGAGCUUACUGUUUAAGUUUAUGUCAACAAAAAUAAUAUCAGCACCAUUAGAAGAAAGCUUUGGAGAUUUACAGUGUUAAAGAAGGUUUCUGACAGUUCACAUAGAAGAUUGUCAGUGUUUCUGAUAGUCGUGUUUUUACCAAAGUAAAGAACAAUUCAAAUAGCCUAAGAAAGAAAACAGAAAAGUGUUUAGGAUAAUGUAUUUCACUGUUAAUCUUGUAUUUCAUCUCACAAUGUGGUGUUUCAUAAAUAGGAAUAUGAUAGAUUUAGGAUCAACAAACUGUUCAACAGUUUACUACAUCACUUGAAAAUGAAAUGCUCUCUGUGUAUAGAGAUGAAGACUACAGGUAUUCACAUAGUGAGUGGCUUAACCCUCACAUGUAGAAUACAUACAACCAUAAAUGACUGUCACUGUGGUUUCUGACCAAUGUUGGUGAGAUGAGAUGAGGUUAAAAGUGCUAUCACAAUAAAUGUCAGAUGAUGUUUG